GGGUGGUCCUACCCAGACCUGGGACGGACAUGACAGUAAUAGUUUAAAAUUAAUACAACUUACCUCGACGAUUGCUGGUUUUAGCCAUAACUAGAGAUGGUGUUGAUCUAGCGAAGAUUAAAUUGGGUCCUAACAGAUGCCAGUUAGGUAGUCAAUCAUCAUGCUGUCUGCGAGAGUGUCCCAGCUGCUGGUAUUAGCUUGCCUUGCCUCUUGUCUACCCGCUAGAGGUGAAAAUGACAGCCAUUUGGUGAUAGCCCCACAGGAUCCAGUGCUUGACAUUGAGACUAACUUCACAGCUACAUGCAUGAUCAUUAACACAGCUGAAGUUACAGUAGAUGACCUCUACUGGACUCUUUCUGGAACUACUGUACCCAAAGAACAGUACACUAAAAUCAACAGAACAACUCUCAAUGUCACUCUCCGUGUGACCAGUGAAGAAAGAGAAUUGUUAAUGUGCCGUUGCAAGAAGGUAUCAGUCAGUGUUAUCCUGAAUGAAGGCAAAUUUAUGCACGGGAUCUUCCUUACAAAAGGCUAUCUUCCAGGAAAGCCUGAGAAUCUGUCCUGUAUAGCCCCUCAGGAGGGAAAGCAAAUAUCUCCAACUGUCACCUGUUACUGGGAACCAGUAGGACGCCAAAGCAAAGAUGUCCCUACAACAUACACACUGUUUUUUAAAACCAUCAAUGAUGUCACCUAUAAUGUGUCAACUCAAGAAAGCAGUUCCCAAGUAUUUCUGAAAAUUUUCCCCAUGUUUAUGGAAGUGGAGGUCUGGGUGGUGGCACACAAUAAACUGGGAACAAUUGAGUCUGAACAUCUGAAUAAAGAAGCCAGCUAUUUUGUGAAAACAAACCCUCCAACAGACAUCAAGGUCAUUUCAGAGAGGAGUUUUCCAACCUCCCUCCUCAUUAACUGGACUCGUCCCAUUGGCAAACAAUAUGUGACAUUAACAUAUGAAAUCAGAUUCUGCCCAAGUGGAUCUCAGAAUUGGACAUAUGUACCUCGUGUGGACACUGCCAAAGACAUACUGUCCUUCAGACUCCAGUAUCUUCAGCCAUACACAGUUUAUAUCACUCAGGUGCGCUGCAAAACUGAUAGAGAGGGCUACGGUUACUGGAGUGAAUGGAGCACCAGUGUGUCCAAGAGAACACCAGAGGCCCGACCAAAAGGUAAACCGGACUUGUGGAAAAUCAUGGCUGAUAGUAACAGCAUUAAUGGCCGACAAGUGCAGUUUAUGUGCAAGGAUCCUGUGUUUACUAAUGGGAGGAUAAUACGAUAUGAAAUAGAGAUCCAAGACCAAAAGGAUAAAGUCAAGAAUGAGUGGGAGAGUAUCCCAGUCAACAGGUCAGAGGCUGACAGCAGCUCUAUCCAGAGGAAAGUUACUGUCCUUAAAGAGAUUCACCUGCCUGACAAGAAAUCCAUACACGUGUCCAUCAUUGCCGUCAAUUCUGAGGGAAAAUCUGAUGCAGCAUCGUUAAUCAUCCCUGAAAAAGCACAUGAACUUGACCCAGUGGAAGAGUUGAGGGUAUGGCCUGAUGGGGGCCAGAUGUGGUUGGAAUGGAAACCCCCCAGCAACAGAGCUGCGUCAGAGUAUGUGGUGGAGUGGGUCACUGGUGAUAAGAUAGACUGGCAGAGGGAAGACAGAAGCACCACACGCACUGUCAUUAAAGGCAAACUGGAGAAGUUUAUUUGCUACACUGUGUCUGUGUAUCCAAUAUACUCUGGAAAAGUGAUUGGGAAGCCAGCAAGUAAAGAAGUCUAUCAGGAGGAAGGAGCUCCACUGGAAGGCCCCAUUGUUAGUCUGAAUGGUAAACCAGGACGUAAUGAAGCUGAGCUAGUGUGGACAGAGAUUCCCAAAUAUAGACGGCAAGGCUUCAUCACAAGCUACACGAUAUAUUGUACAAGUGAGACUUCGCGAGACACACGUGAGAUAACAGUGCCAGCUAACACCACCUCAUACACUCUGAGGUCAUUGUCAGGCAACACCAACUAUGCCAUUUCAAUCAAGGCUUCAACCAAAGGAGGCUCAGUCACUGGCAUUAAUCACUCAUUCACCACUCUGAAAUAUGCACAAGGAGAGAUUGAGCUCAUCGUGGUUGGAGUAAGCCUUGGCUUUCUGUUCGUUGUUGUCAUGACCAUGCUGCUCUGUAUCUACAAAAAAGAUGUGAUCAAGAGGAACCUCUGGCCUCAGAUUCCAAACCCUGGAGAAAGCACCAUUGGAAACUGGUCUCCUGAUUAUCCUUUGAAAGCAGAGACACCAAAGGAGAACUGUGUGUCUGGCAUCAGUGUGCUUGAUGUGGAUGCGUGUGAUGGAAAGUGUGUAUUUGAGGAGGACAAGGCCAGUCUUCCUCUGAAGAAGGACAAGUAUCUGUCUGAGGAGCACAGCAGUGGCAUCGGUGGCUCCUCCUGCAUGUCCUCACCUCGCCAGAGUGUGUCUGACAGCGAUGAGGGCGGUGACAUGGCUGACACUACAGCCAGCACUGUUCAGUACUCCUCGGUGGUGGCCUCCAAUGGUUAUAAGGGUCAGACCCCAAGCUCCCAACCCCAGCAGUCCAUAUUUUCACGGUCUGAGUCCACGCAGCCCCUGCUGGACUCUGAGGAGAACUCAGACAUGUUGGUGCAGGAGGGCAGCAGACAGUCCCACCGGUUCCCACAACAGCCCUGCUUCACACACAGCACCAACUCUGCUGACUUCAACCAGAUGGAGAUGGAGCAGCAGGAGGUGCUGGAGCCUCUGGACUUCUGUCCCCUGGAGGAGGACUCAGAGCAGACAACACCUACAGACGACCAGUCAGCUGACUGGCUGCCAGCAGCACCAGUCUCCAGCUACAUGCCUCAGCUGGGUGGCUACAGGCCACAGUGAGACAGACCGGGCUCACAUCAUCUGUGUGAAUGCUCUGUGCCUUUGUUAUUGUUAAAUGUGCAUUUCAAGUCUGUGAAGGAGUGAAGAUGACUGUACCAGUAUGUCUUUUGCACAUAAGCAAGUAUAAAUAAGAUGAUUUGGGAAAAUGCUCUGUUAUAUACAAUGUGAAUAAGAGCUUGGAGCAGUGGUUUACUAACUGUGUUCACAUGGAACAAUUAUAAGCCAUAUCUUUGUAGUAAAUGAAUGGCCAAAAAUACAUAACAUGUGUAUAUGGAUGCUUUGAGCUACACAGUAAAUGUUACAUUUCAAAAUGUCUUCUAAACAUGACACAAGUGUGAAUCACAGAUUCAGGACUGAAGGGUGCUACAGCAGACACCCUCUGUUUGAACAGUCUCUUGCUGUAGUGCCCUCUUGUGGAGGAUGUUACAGGGGAUGUUACAAAUUGUUACCUGGCCAUUGUUAUUCAAUGUACAUUCUGUAUGUUUUCAGCUUAAGUAGAUACACUGCAAAUGAAUGUAAUCAAAUAACAUGAAUUCAUACUGACAUGUACUGCUUAUGAGAUGCCAGUGCAUGUUCAAUCAAAAGUUUCAUUUAACUGCCUUUCAAAAUGAAGAAAAGGAAAUGGGAAAAACAACAUAUGAGUAAUGUUCACUUUCUUACUGUACAUUACUCAUAUGGCAUAAUUUAGUUGAGGGUGACUCCACUACUUCAUUUGAGGAUUUUAGGUCUUUAAUGUUCAUUUCAUAUAUAGAAACAAAAUUAUUCUGUUAUAAUACUCAGUGUUCACUGUGGCUAUGACAGUCAGCAUUACCUCUUCCUUUCUUAUCUAGUGUUGAGAUACAAUGUUGAAUUUACUAACCUAAACAGCUGUGGUCCUGUGCUCCUUACUAUAAGAACCCUCUGAUAUCAGUCCCUGAUGGACCUAAUAUGUCACUUUCAACUGGCAUCAGCUCGGUGUUACAGUAAACUCACGUCCUGCUGUGAAAAAUCAGUCGAUUUCUGAUUUUUUUUGCACUGCAUACAAUGUCGAGCAGUUAUUGAGAAGCAUCGUGACAACAUGAUCAGUCACUCACCUGUGAUCCUAGUCAGACCUGAUCUCAGCAGCAAAACAUCUUACUUAAAGUGGCUACAAUCAAUAUUUUUAGAAUAAUGUAUGGAAUAAUGUAAGAGGGGUGUGUGGUAGUGAUGAGAAUUGGCUGGAUCUGCAGCUCCCCUCAGUUUUAGAUUCAGCUCAUUGUUUAUCUUUGAUGUUUGGGUUCAUUCUCACCACUCUUGUGUCAUUUCCGGCAGCAGCAGCAAAAAAAGCUUUGAUAAACCCACCACUGUAUUCUACCUGCUUAACAGCAGACACAGACAGACAAGCUGGUGAACAUCGAAGAGCAUUUAGCAGCUAGAGAUGUAGGUGGACGUAACACCAGUCCAAAUGAAUGACCAUGUAGCUGGAUGUGGAAACAAGCAACUGUUUGCUAAGAAGUUCACCAUAUCAACCUAAAAGGUGAUAUGUUUGCUUCGAAGAGGCCAAAACAUUCAGUUACUGCCAUUUUCUGAAAUAUGACAAAGUAAGAGACAUAUUAAUGAAACACCUGUGGAUACAAGACAGUGGAGGACUACCUUUAAACAACUGACCAGCACUAUUUUCAGUUUGAACUGUUGAAGAGGUCACAUAUUUAGCUGCAGAUGAAGGUUAAGGUUCUUUUUGGAACACUCUAAAUGAUUAUCAUUAUAUAAUAUGAAAUAAAUCUUUUAACUAAU